AUGGACGGCGGCACCCUCUACGACCCUGCGCCCUCGUCCCGCUCGCGCGCUCGCGCCUCGUCCUUCUCCGCGUCGUCCGCUCGAGCGCCCGCCGACUUUGCCUCGUCGACUCGCUCAAGGCGCCAGUCGGUGUCGUCGCUCGGCCACCCGAGUCGCGCCGCCAUCAAGUCGUGGGCGGCGCGAGCCCAGUCGGACGGGGAGGCGCCACUCGUCGACCUCGGCAGCGGGUCGUCGAGCCUCGACGCGCCGUCGAAGCAGGACCCGCUCGAUGCUGCCGCCGACAAGAAGCUGUGGCGCGACGGCCGCCAGUCGAAGCAGCAGAUGGAGGCCGAGUACGGCGCGCAGCACAACACGACCGAUUUCGACUCGUUCCUCGCUCAGCUCUACGACCUCACGCACGCGAUUGACGCGCUCGAGAACGACAUCGACGACGCGUGUCCUCACCUUCUUUUCCUUUCUUGCCAGUCGUCAACUCGCCCUGACCUCAACGCGCCGCAGAUCGUCUCGCUACGCAACAUGGUCGUCCGGCUCGACCCAAAGGUGGACGUCGGCCAGGUCUCGCUGCGCGCCGACCUCGACUCGCUCGCGGCGCUCACGACCAAGACGGGCAAAGGUGUCGUCGCCCUCGAGACGUGGCUCGGGGCGCUGCAGAAGUGGGGCAAGCAGGUGCGCGAGCUCGUCAAGGCGGGCCAGGUCGGCGAGACGAUGAAGGAGGUCGGCGAGAUCAAGUACCACUUGGCGAGCGCGAGGCUCGACUUUGAAGACGCCAUGGAGCGGAUCCGCGAGGGCGCCUUCAAGGAGAAGGAGCGGCGCCAACGUACCCGUAUCUGGAUGGCGCGCCACAUCCGGUCUCGCGAGCCCUACAUCGAGGACAAGGACGUCAAGGGUCUGCUCAAGGCGGCAGAGCUCGGCUCGGCGGACGGCGUCGCUCAAAGCCACGUCACGUCCUACGCCGGUCUCUUCGCUCUGCAGAACCCGUUCACCGAGCUCGCCGAGCUCACCAACGCAAAGCACGCUCUGCCCGACUCGCUCGACCGCGAGAUCGUGGACGAGGUGACGGGCAAGAGCGCGCGUAAGGCUCGCAAGAUCGUCAUGGGUACUACGACCUCGUCCCGCACCUCGAGCAAGCGCGCCUCGGCCAAGAAGCCCUCGGGCAAGUCGUCGUCCUCGAGUCGCCCUGUCGCCACGUCAACAGGCACCUGGGGCUCGCGCUUCGGCCUCCUCGCCGGCACUCGCGACCGCACGAGCAACGACCCGUUCGAGCGCAAGUUCAACUACAUCCAGCAGGAGCAGUUCGGCACCGAGAAGGACCUCGAGUACGGCUUCGCGCGGCAGAAGCAGCAAGAGCGGAUCAACCGCCGCAAGAAGCUCACUAUUGCGCUCCUCCUCGUCGUAAUCGCCGCCCUCAUCCUGUUCGUCACGCUCGCGACGAUGCGCAUCCCGGACCAGCAGAUCUCGUGGGACCUCGACCUUCCCAAGUCGCCCGAGGUGGCGCCUUUCCCUUCUGCCGCCCUCGGUAGCCCUCCUGCCGACAUCGACGAGCACACGACCGAUCCCGCGAGCGACCUUGUGUCGCACAUGAGCAGCCUCGCCUCGUCCCUCUCGUCGGCCGGCGCGUCCAUCGGCUCGGCCGUCUCGUCCGCCCUUUCCGCCGCCACGUCGUCGCCCACGUCGGCGGCGCAGACCCUCAGUUCCUCAUCGAGCUCGUCGGGUUCGUCGGCAGCGACCAGCAUGGCGGCGGCGACGUCGACGACCGUGUGGUGGACGCCGCCGGCGACGCCUGCGUAG